UACGUCAACAAUCCGCAUUGAUAAUUCUACUUCCGUACCAUCAUUCGAAAGCCCUCCGACCUCAUGUGGGGAGCAAGGCGCUUUCACCUUGACUUUUGACGACCUGCCUCGCUUUUACCCUACCAAUGACACCGAUAUUACGCAACAGCCGCCAAUAUUCAGCCCUUAACACCAUCUCGGUGUCAGCGAUGGUUACGCAUAUGCAGGACAGUCUUUUCAUCCAUUCAAACCUAUCUCGCCUCCUCAUGUCGCAGUGUUUCUACCAUAUUGUGCUGCUCUUCGCCCAAUGACCUUCUGACAUCAGGCGAGAUCGGUGGCGGACCUCGGGCAGCAUUGUCCGCCUAUUGGUUUGAUGCUUUCAAUGUCUACGCUGGAUGUGAUCAUGACGGUUCUGGUGAUUGCAUGUUGGUGCUGACAGGCUAUGCAUGGGAUCCAGUCACACGGGAAGAGAUUCCAAUGGUCAAUCACACUGUCAUUCUUCGGCCUUGCACAGGAUUUGAGGGGUGCCGUCUCCAAGAAAUUAGACUGCCCUCUGAUUUCGGAAGUCUCAGCGGCUUACAGAUCCAGGCUUUUGUCCAUGACGACCCGAAGAUGUUCUUUGUUGAUGACUUGCAGCUAUCAUGGUCGGACAACUCAUGUGCUGCUGGCUUGGUGCGGGCAGCAAGCCGGUGA